AUCUUUGAGAUAUAUAACCAUCAGCUGACUUACUGUGAAGACGGUGACUUGCACCGUAAAAUGACAUUAUGUGUUGUUUACACUUUACAUUACCGUCCGUUGAUUACUUAAGCUCACUUUGUUAAAUAAAUUUGGGGAUAUCACAACACUAUUGAAGGUUUUUCAAUUAACUGUGGUGUUUAAAAUCAUAUUCCGUACAAUUGCUUGUUCGUGGUCGCAUAAAUUCUCUUAUAUUCAAAGAAAUGAUAAGCUUAGGAGCUUAUGAAUACAACCCAGCGGAUGUUUUAGGUAAUGGAGCAUUUGCUAUUGUGUACAAAGGGAGAGUCAGAAAUAACCCAGAUGAACUUGUUGCAAUAAAAAUUAUGUUAAAAGACCAGAAUGUUUUAAAAUCGAAGACACUUCUCAGCAAGGAAAUAUGCGUUUUAAAGGACCUUAAUCACGAGAACAUUGUUCGACUAUAUGAUCACAGCAUAUCCAGUACUGGAGUGUAUUUAGUCAUGGAAUACUGUAAUGGUGGUGAUUUGUCUGAGUACUUGCAAGCCAAACGCACUCUACCAGAGGAUACAAUCCGUCACUUUUUAAUACAAAUAGGAUCGGCGAUGGAUGCUAUGAAUCGGAAGGGUUUUAUGCAUAGGGACUUGAAACCAGGGAAUAUUUUACUCAGUCACUGCAGGGAUUGUGGUCAGCAUGUUACUGCUAUUCCUGGUUAUCUACUCUCCUUCAAGCUAGCCGACUUCGGAUUCGCCAGGUUUCUGCAAGAUGGGAUGAUGGCAGUGACAAUGUGUGGAUCACCUAUGUACAUGGCUCCUGAAGUUUUGAUGUGUCGCAAAUAUGAUGCGGUGGCAGAUAUCUGGAGUAUGGGUAUUAUUGUUUACCAGUGUUUAACUGGUAAGGCUCCAUUCUACGCCAACACUCCGGAAGCUUUAAAAAACAUCUAUGAGAAAACAGCCUGUCUUCGACCAAAAAUCCCUGUCACGACUAGCAAGGCACUUCAGGAUCUUCUUUUGAAAAUGCUUAUUCGUAAACCGUCAGAGCGAAUUGACUUUCAAAAUUUCUUAAACCAUCGAUUUCUGCAUCAGCGACACUUCGAACCGCGAGCUGGCUCUGGUCCAGAGUCCUCUGCAUCACGAUCAUCUGUUGCUCCUGUUCUACCUAGUCGUAACAGACCUCAAGUUCGAGGGUCGGGAAUUACAGUUCUUGGCCAAGGAACUGGUGAAGGUCCAUAUUACUUGGCACCACAAGAUACUAAUCGUCCAAGAGAUAAAACACCACAAGGCAAACCCUUAGCUCCCAAUCUGCCUGGUUCAUCUGAUGUUGUUGGACACAAAGAUACUCGUGAAUGGACAAAUCCAACACAGUGGCAUAAUAAUACAACAGCUAAUCAAAUUAAUAAACAACACCAACAGCCAGGAACAACUUCAUCUCCAACAACAGUAACUGAUCCAUUUUAUCCACAGCACACUGGAGUCGGCGUUCUACCUCCUAGUUAUGAUGAUCCAGACUACAGUCUAGAUGACAUUGAUGAUGAAAUGACUAAAACUACAGUAGAUGAAUACAUUGAAGAUGAAUUGGAUGCAUCAGGUUCAUCACCAUCUAGCGAUCACAAUAAUCUGCCUAAAAUGCCACCAAUAAAACCACGUGAUUUUAUGCAUACUGAUGCAGGUAAAUAUACCAGUGAAAAUCAGAAUAAUGUAAAUGCAAAUAUUUCUAGUCCUAGACAACAGCAGUAUACAUCAAACGAUUAUAGGUCUGUACCUAUGGGACAUGGAGGUGCUAUUAUAGAUCAACAGAGGCCAACCACUUAUCGAAGUUUUCCUAAAUUUGAUCAGCGUGGUGUAUUUAUGAAUGCAGAGAUGGAAUACGGUGAACCGCCUUUUGAAGAUUAUGUUAUCGUAAAUCCAGAUGGUUCUGAAGUACAACGUAUAGAUCGUGAACGGUUUCGUCAACAAGGUCAUUUAAAUGAACCAAUGUCACAAAUGAGUAAUAUCGGUAGGAUAGUUCGAAAUCCUGGGUCUUACCUCACAAAUAAUAAUGUUAAACGGAGAGGUAUACCGGAUAUGGGACCGCUACCAGAUGUUACUGUUGGUACAGCUGUAACAGAUGCACGAUAUUUUCAGUUACCAGAUGACAGUCAUAAUAACGCAUCAAUCCUCAGAAAUACAAACGAAAUUCCUUCAAGUGUGAAUAGCAAUAAAUUGGCUGAUAGAUAUUACCAUCCAAUGCCAGUUGAUUCUUGUGGUUCCCCCACUAGUCAUAAAUUUACCACCAGACCUAUAUCAGAACCAAUAAGAGGACCAACCGAUUAUACAAAAGAGAAGUUCAAUGAAGGUCAAGUAGCUGAAGGGAAUUUUCUUGAAAUUCCACAUCAUGAGCCUUUGAGAAGUAAUGUAAGUCUUGAGACAAGGGAUACACAAUUGCAUCAGCUUAAUUAUCAAGCUGGUCCUAGACAACUGGUCCAUCCUUCAGGUUUACAGACUAUUACUGCCCAACGUGGUGAUGUUAUAUAUCCCGUCGUAACUAAUCCUAAUUUCGCCCAUACGAUUUCAAAAGAAAAGCAAAGCUUUACAGCUCUUGGUGAAUAUGCAGUAGCUUAUGAAUAUGACCAAAGGUAUCAACCACAGUCUGAAGCAGGUUUACUUGAAUAUACAAGAAACUUUGAAAAUGAUUUCACAUCUGCGGGCUUAUGGGAGGCUGCUGAGUUUUCAGAUGAAAUUCUCAUGGAGUCUGAACAUAAUGAAGAAAUAAAGAAAAUAACAAUGGUCUUAGAACUAUGUGAAUUAUUAGCUGAAUUAGCAGAACGACGAGCAUCUGCUUUGGCUGACUGUACACCAACUCGUGUUAUAACUACAGAUGAUAGUGAAAUUCCUAUCACAGAUCCUUCUGCUGCUACUGAUGCCUCACUACCUUUAAAUUCAGAUCAUCAAAAACCGAAAUGCUCUGUAAAUAAUGGACGUGAUAAUGAUAAUUGUGUUAGUGAUCACAAUAUUGCUGAUGAAGAACAAGAAUCAAAUAAAAAUUCUCAGCAAACAUCAACUGCACUGAAGUUUGUAUCAGAGGCUCAAAGAAUUGUUGAACAAAUUGUACUUUAUCGACGAGUCCUUUAUUAUUUGGAAUAUGUAUUUGAUCAGGUUAAGAAAGCCUUUCAAAAUGGUCGCUUAAAAUCUACAGCGACUGCACGACGACGUCUUAUUGACUGUAAUACACUAUAUCAUCGUUGUUAUAUUCGAUUAAGACAGUUGGCUAGACAAUCACGUCGAGAAGACCUAAUUGAACCAGUUGGUAGACUUUUGGCUAAUAUUACUGCAAAUCGUUUGAUAUUUCAAUAUGCAUUGGAUCAGUGUUAUGCUGCCGAAAUGGAUGAAUAUAUUGGUGAAAUUGCAUUGUCCCUUCAAAGGUAUAAAGCUGGUAUCACUCUAAUCCAUGGUUUAUGUCAACAUGCUAAAUCGCAAAGAGAUAAAACACUAUUAUCUGAUUGUAUGCGUUUAUUAAGAGAUCGUUAUGCAUGUUUAUGGUCAACUGCAAUAAAACCGAAUCCGCAGACAAUUCUUUCACAACCGGAUAAUCCUACAAAUAUUCCGUUACCUGAUAAUGCUGUGCAUAAUAUCACACCAGGUUUCAAUGAAUCACUUGCAGCAAUCAAUUUUGGUAUAACUGGUUAAACUACCCAUGACUGAUAGUAUAUUAAUAAUAUCACCUUUUGCGUUGAUACUAUUAUUCUGAUCAUUUUUCAUACGUGUAUAAUUAUUUGAUGUCUCCUUUUUAUCGCUCAGAGUUCAAUAUGUUUCUUUUUUAGUUUAUUGACAUUCAUCGCCUUAAUUCAUUCAGUUUAUUUCUUUAUUAUUCGUGAAAAGUAUUCAGUAUGAUUCUGUUAGCAGAUAAUAUGACAACAAGGGAAGAAGAACGUGAGAGUGGAAUAGGUUGAUAAAGGGGGGGGGGGCAAGGUCACCUGAAACUUAUACCAUCACCCUUUUCAUCUCACAACACUAUGCCUACCCACUUAUAUUAACUGUUAGCAUGUACAAAAAAAAAAUUUUUUUUAAGUUGAUUUAAGUGGGUAAUAUUUAUUCUAUUCUCUUUCCAUUUUCUACUCAAACAACAUAACACCAUUCUGAAGUAUUCGUAAAAACCCUAGAGACUAUUAAAAAUUUUUUUCUUUCAUUUUGUUGUUGUUUUCUGUUUGUUUUUAAAAAAUUGUUUCCUUAUCUGAAUUUUACUUUUUCUUCAUUCGUUGCUUAACAUUUUUAUGUUCUAAGUUCAUGAUUUAAUGAGGUUUAUUCGUCUGCUGGUGCUAAAUUAUCGUCUACAUUAUGAUCAACUUCUAAUCCCUUAGGAAUUGAGUCAUUUAUUGUGUUGUUUAUUUUACUUAUCUUAUGUCUGGAUGUGUUUUUGCAUAUAUUUACCAUUGUUAUUCUUUUUUUCUACGUUGCUCUAUUAUUUUGUUUACUUUUUGAACCUACCUGUCUUUACUUGAGUGUCCGUUAUAGUCAGAAGAAAAGAAAACCCAAAAAGACUUAUUCCUUUUCUGAAUUAUAACUCAUAUUAAUGUUUAUCAUGAUGGUUAUAAUAAUGAUUUAUAAAAUGAGAGGGGACUGCUGAUAAUAAACACACUGAAAGUAUAACUGUAUUAUAAAAUAAUAUUUAUCUAAAAAAUGACUUAAUGACAUUGUCUUCUUUUCUACCACUCUGUGUACAAUCUGCUAAAACAUACUUUCAUACAUCUCUUUAAACUAAAGCAAGGGAAUUGUGCUGUUAUUAUUCUUCUUUUGGAAGAAACUUAUUCAUAUACAAACUAACCAAUUGAACUUGUGAAUACAUUUAUUUAUAAAUGUGAAUACACUGAUUUCCUGGUUG